AUGCUACCUCGUGUGGUCCUAUGUGAUCCUGUUGUGUACGAGGAUGAGGGUAAAAUGGUGCUUGAAGGCGUCGCGGAAGUCUUACAACUAGAUCCGUCUACAGACCGUGACGGUUUCAUUCGCGCCCUUUCACCCGGAGGGAAACUGGAAGGCGCGAUCGGGCUUUACGAGCGCAACCAGUCCAAAGGACGCCUAGGCAACUUCGACAGCGAACUCAUCAGCAAGCUCCCUUCCACAGUGAAGUGGAUUGCGCAUACGGGUGUCGGCUACGACAAAGUCGACGUCCUCGCUUGCAAGGAGCGCGGCAUUGGCGUCUCGAAUACUCCUGGCGAUUCUCCGCGGCCGAGCAGAGCUUGCGAGCAGGGAUUGGAAGAGAUCCCACUCCGCCGCGACUGCACACGACCUCACGGGACGCACCGUCGCCAUCCUGGGUUGGGCGGUAUCGGGCUACGGCUCGCCGAACUGGUCCAUGCGUUCCCUAUGCGCGUCGUGUAUCACAACCGACGAAAAGUUGCGACCGCACCUGAGUGGUGCGAGUACUAUGACGUGGAUCAUCUCGACGAUAUGCUCGCGCAGGCAGACGUACUCAGCGUCCAUGUGCCGUUCACGGAGGGCACCCGGAAUAUCGUGGACGAGCGGAUGAUCCGAAAGCUGAAGAAGGGCGCUGUGAUUAUUAACACGGCGCGUGGGCAAGUUAUUGACGAGGAAGCCAUGAUGCAGGCUCUCAAGAACAAUCACCUGUCCGCCGUGGGUCUCGACGUCUUCCACAACGAGCCAAAUAUAGACCCACGCUGGUAUGAUAUUCCCAACGCCGUUCUGCUUCCCCAUGUAGGCGGAUCCACAGCCGACGCUGUCAAAGAGAUGGAGCUGCGUGCUCUCGGGAAUAUACGCGACUUCAUUCUUUCUGGCAAAGGAACUGAUCUUGUGCCGGAGCUACAGUAG